CGAGAAGGUCGUUACUCGCAUCACGCAAAACAAACGUAUCAACCCUCGGACAUUUCUCUCUUAUUCGUGUUUAUUCGUGUAAGAAUAUUCGAGAGCUACGUGAUGCGCGGGGCAAACAGUCGACCCUGCGCGGUUAAACUGCGCUUUUGCCCAAACAGCAACGAUUUACUGUACCCGAAAGAGGACCGCGACCGCAAGAAGUUGAUCUACGCAUGUCGGAAUUGUGAAUACAAGGUCGAUGCGAUUGAUCACUGUGUAUACCGACACAGCAUUCAUCAUACCUCGGCAGAGACUACAACGAUAAUUCAAGACGUGCGCAGUGAUCCCACUCUCCCUCGUUCUUCCGAAGUCCACUGUCCAAGUUGUGAUCACGGCGAAGCAGUAUUUUUCUCCCUAACGACGUCAGAAGGAAUGUCGCUCUUCUUUCAAUGCGUGGCAUGCGCUGGCAAAUGGAAAGAUGAGGGAAGCGCGAUAUGAAAACGGUGUCGAGUUGAGGUUAUCCAGUAGUACACACUUAGUUGCCUAUUUCCAAUACCCCUCUCUAGCUAGGGUGCGUUGUAAAGGAAACAUGUCAACAAUUUCACUA